CGACUAAAAUGAAGGAUGAAAACUUAGAACUUGGAAAAUAUGAAGGGGAAAAUUUGGAAGGGAACAAUAAUUCAAUGGAUUCCAGUGGUUUGCCCUAUCCGAGAUUCUAUAAUGGCACAGAAGACUUCACCGCCUAUAUAAAAAACUUCAACCGUAUUGCAACAGCCCACAAUUGGACUCCCCCAAGAUGUGCUCAGAUAUUACCACUUUAUCUUCGUGGGGCAGCCCUUGCAAUUUAUGAGUCGAUUCCUGGGGAGGAAAAAUCGAAUUGGAGGUCCUUACUAGAAGGGUUGGUUAAAAGGCUAAAAAAGACGUCAAAUAAAGAAACCGCUCGCUUAAAAUUGGUUGAAAAAAAGCAAGAAGUGGGGGAAUCAAUUGAUGAAUUUUCACGAGAUUUGAAGGAUUUAGCAGAGGCGGCUUAUCCUGGGGGCUCUUUUGAAAUUUUUUGGAAAUUUGAAAUUUUUUUUUGGGGUUGA